CUCUUUAUAGUUGAAAUAUAAUGAUCCACUUCGUUUGGGAGCCUUUAUUCUUACAUGUUUACCAUCUAUCGCUCCGACACAGUUCGGGAAAUUCCAUUUUGAAAAAAAUUGACUACUGUUUUGUUUUAGUUGAGUUUCUGUAGGCGACGGUAAUAAUAAUACAAAUUUGUUGAUGAGGUCUCACAGCCAAAGCUGAUGAAGCACUCACAAUGGCAAAUCAGUGGGAAAAAUAACCUGACACUCAUUGAGAAUAAGACUAGCGCCAUCCUUUUUAAAACAAAUCAUGCACGCUUUGAAACACCCAGUGAAUUUUAUCUUCCAAACAGCUCACUACCCAUAACAAAUGAUAUCAAAUUUCUGGGCUUGUGCUGCCAAUAUACAGCACACUUCCCUUCGACAGUCAACUACAUUAGCAAAAAAUUGAAUGCAUUUCAAUUUCCAUGAGAAUCCUAGGGCAAUAUGUACAUCAGAGGACAUUGAAAAUUGUGUACUAUGCUAAUCUUGAAUCGGCAUUCGAUAUGGCAUAAUGCUCUACGGAAGUAGAAGAUGUAGCGAAAGAUAUUUUGUUGAGAGAGUUGUAAUUCAACGGAUGAGUAUCAUUUCUUUUAAGUUUACAUAAUAAUUCUCCACAUUAAUUUCAUCAAUCUCAGUCAUCAAAGUGGACUAUCAUUCUUCAAAAUUGAGGUAAGAAUGUACCAUCAAGUCUACAAUCUCAAUGCUCGAGGUCAAAAAUUCACAACUAAAGGAAAUCUCGCUCAAUUCGUGAACAGAACUCGCCUUUUCUUCGACGAUGGAGAAGAGACAUCACUUAGCAGAAGGACGAUAUCUAAAACGAAACGUCAUCGAUCAAAUACAUGAAUUUUUGAAUGCAUCUAUCCAUUAAUCUCUCAUUUUAAAAUUUUAUGUCAACUACGGUCCAUACAUGCAUAUCUUGAAUUUGAAAUUACAAAUAGAUUGACACAUGGACCAAGACUUGGCGAUCGACAUACUGGAGUCGAAAUACAGGCUAUUCUUGGUACAGAAGAAACAGAGAGCGACCCAAGAAGAUUGUCUAUCUGGAAUGUGGGCAAAGAACGACCAACCUCAAUGAGUGUGUUCAGUCCUCUUAUGUGAAUAGAACUUCGAUGUGUUCUCUCAAGGUUUUCGAUCCGAGCAAUUACAGAUGCUAUUAGAUAUUAGCACAAAGGUGAUUCUACGAGAAAUUGAUCCAUUGGAACAAGCAAUGGUAACUCCAAGAAAGAGUUCAGAAAGGAACAACGAAAAUUCGCUGGAAAACAGUUCCGCUGAACCAAUUUUGACGAUAGAAUCUAACAAUCUUGUUGAUAUGACCAAUAUAAGUCUGCCGAGUUGCUUCACAAAUUCGGUUGUGAAUGCUUUGGAUGAGGAAGUGCUUCCUAUCAUUGAUAUAUCAGACCCAUUCAUGAAUUUCUAUUUCAUCAAGGAGAAGAACUCAAUAUUAAUGAAAAUGAAAAACAUCACACGAACAUCACGCUUAGAUUUAACUACCUCAAUCCAAAUGAGGUAGAAGCAAACGCAGCAACCGUUGAAAUAAGAAGAAAUCAACGGAAACCACCGCCAAUAGUGGUCAACGGUGUUUUUAAAAAACACAAUAAAACGGUGAGUGAUAUAACAAAAGUGAUAAAUGGCAAAUUCUACAUCAGAUAUAGUGCCAUGAACUCCACCGUCUACACCGAGACGGUAGAAGACAGGAAGAAACUGGAAAAGUAGUCUUCGACGAGAAUGAUGUGAAAUAUCACACUUAUACCCCAAGAGAGGAAAAAACUCACGCUUUUACGCUGAGGGGACUGGAUUCUGAUCAGCCUAUCGACUUCCACCAUUAUUGCGUAGUAAAUGAUAGGCCAUCAUGGAUGGAAGCUAGUUCCUACCCAGAUGUUGCUUAUUGUGCUCACCUCAAACAACAAUCCCUCGGAGACAAAUCCUGGGCAAAUUAUAAAGCCUCCUCAGUUGCAACUGUGAUUGAUAAAGCAACUCUAGGGGCUAAGACAGCCAUUCCUAUGGAGUCUACAUCAAUCAUGCAAGGAGCACUAGAUCCCUUAGUUGCCGAGUUCCUAACUGCAAGAGGUAAGACUUGCAGCACCAACCCCACACCAAAUGCACUAGUACUGGCGGCAAUGAACAGGCCGUAAACCCUAACCGAAGAGUUCCUAUGACGAAGACACCGUUAUCCAUUGUUGAUCUCAAUUACGACGGCAACGUGUUCCAAUCCGACGUGUGUGGUUCCAACAGGAUGGGGCGACCGCCCACACAGCCAGAGCAUCAAUGGACGUUAUUCGCCCUCUCUUCCCUGGUUGCCUUAUUUCCAGGUUUGGCGAUGUUCAUUGGCCUCCCCGGUCCCCAGAUUCAUCCAUAUGCGAUUUUUUCUUAUGGGGACACCUCAAGGCUAGAGUAUACGAGACCAAGCCCCGAACUCUGGACGAAUUGAAAAGGGCUAUUCGCGUGGAAGUUGCCCAAGUUGAGAGAGCGAUGUUGGAGAGAGUCUACGCGAACUUCCAAGAGCGCCUCCAGCACUGCAUCACCGAUUUCGGCCACCACAUGCCUGAUGUGAUUUUCCACACUUGACUGUCUCAAAUGCUAUUUCCUUGAGAAUCUGAUUCCGUUAAUAAAUGUGUUUUUGAGUAAAAAUUAACGCUUUUAUUAUUUUUUUAAAACCAUCCAUCCUCCGUGCCGCACCCUGUAUUUCGUUUAAAUUAGACCACGUUUUAUUUUAUAUUAUACUUUAUUUAUAAUCUCCAUAGUUAACCACUACAAUGUUGUCUCUCGACUGCCGGUCCGACCUUAUUUUUGGUCAGAGAUUUAAUAUGUCGCAGCCAACUUCGAAAUACAAAAAAUGUUCUGUUCCUAACUGUGGAGAUAUGUCAUUCUUCCAAAUGAAGAGAAGCAGCCAACAAUUUUUACACUUUGGCUCCAAAUUCAAAUUUUAUUGAGCAACAGGCUUGAUCAAAUAAUACAGGAAAUAUUCUUCACCGCGCACAAAUCGAGAUUAGGAGAAACUUCAGAAGCGGAAUUCAUCAUGAGCGAUGAUGACCCAAAAUACUUCAAUGCAUGGGUGAAAGCUAUGUGCCCGCUGAACAAUACAAGGCAGGAAGAAAAUCAAAAAUGUAGAUAUAAAAAAAGGAAUGAAAAUUCAAAUGAGAAAAAUACACCAAGCCUUAAAUGAGGCAAAGUUUUUGGAAUACAAGGAGAGUUAUUUUAAAUAUCUGGAACAUUAAAAUGAAAUUGAUUUCCUAAAUUAUCUGAAAAACUAUUACUUCCAAACCAAGAGAGAGUAAUGAUGUGAGCCUAUUGCUAUUGAAUAGGAGCAGGUAUCAACACAAAUAUGGCGAUAGAGAGUUUGAAUAAAUAUCUGAAAUAUAAUAAAAUGGAAGAAAAAAAUAUAUAUAAGAGUUGAAAAGCUAUUAGAUUUGUUGGAAGAAAUAGUUGAUGAGAAGAUGUGGAAGAAAAUUAUGAAAAAUGAAAGACCAAACUCCAACAACUAUCAACAUAAAAGGACUAUAGAAGCGCAUAAAAAAGCAGAAGCAAUGAAGGACUUGAUAGAGAAUGUGAAAGGACAACAUUUCAAGAUGAGAACUCCGAUGAUGACAACAAUUUCGAAAUCAAUGAGCCAUCAACAAGUAGAAAAAACUAUAAUGAAGAUAUUUUAUAGAUGGAACUGUGUUUCCAGUUUCACAACAUCUAUUUGCAAUGACACAGAAAAUGAUAUACAUGGACAAAAUUAAUUUUGAUGAUGAUUCCAUGAUGAAUGAACAAUAUAGUCUUGACGAAGGAACAAGUGCAGCAUCAUCACAAAAUUUGGCAACUCAAGUGGUUGCGUUAUUCAGUGAUGGGGAUUUUAUUAAGGUCCUAGCCUAUAAAAUAAAGGAUCAAUUGAUUCCGAAUUCUACACAAGGGGUUACCAAUGAUGGUAUUGAUCAUAGUGAGAUUACUUCGAUAACCUCUAGAAGUGCUCAACUGCCCAAUUUUUCAAUACCGUUUCGUUACUCACAAAUAAUGAAUUUAUUAAGGUCCUAGCGGAUAUAAUACAGGAUCAAUUGAUUCCGAACUCCACAUCAGGUGUUAGCAAUGAUGGUAGUGAUCAUAGUGAGAUCACUUCGAUAAUCUCUAGAAGUGCCCAAGUACCCAAUUUUGCAAUACCAACAAUAGAGGUUGAGGAUAAAUUGUAAGGCCAAAGCAAUUAUAGGUCAUUAUUAUUAUUAUUAUUAUCUAAUAGCCCUAGGCAGUAAUGACUUUCUAACAUUUGCUCUAGGGGAUGAAAGCCAAGAAUUUACAUACCAAUAAUAAUUUAUUUUUCUAAUGAUAAUAAUUUAUUGAUUUACAUAUGUUACAAAAACAUAGAGAAGUUACAUAUGAGGAGAAGAGGAUGUAUGAUGCUCAAGUAAGGCAAUACCUGGAGGCAACCUUGCAAAAUGGGCCACGUUCCCUCAUUGUAAAUGAAGCAAAGGCAGCGGAUGCAUUUCAGAAGUUGGAGGAUAUGUUUGGGAAAAAUGAUAUCCAACAGAUGGUAGAACUUCUGGAUAAUUUUGGGAAGAUAGUUCUACAUCCCAAAAUGAAUUCGAUGUCGUUCAUUACUAAAUUUGAGAAGGCAGUAAGACAAUUCCAAGAACUUGGUGUUCCUCUGGACAAAAAUAUAGUAGUAGCAUAUUUUCUGCAUAAGGUUCGUCAUCUAAGAACCUUUAGCGGAUUUUGUGCGACAAUGGCCACUUUGCCAGAGAACACUAGGACGUAUGAAUUUGUUAGAAACACAUUUCUGGAUGUAGCUGGUAAUAACUACAGUCUAGAAAUGGAAAACAGUAAAGGUAGUGUAGUCAUGCCUCUUGGCACUUGAACAUGGCGAAGCCGCUCGUGCCGAGGCGACUGCCAUUUGGGGUCAUGGGGGGGGGGGGGUCUCGAAGCCAGUAGAUUUAUUUUGUUCGUUUAUCUUUUCCCGCAUAAUUCUACGAUUAAGGAUAAUAUAAAUAUGAAAUGCUUGAUUUCACAUAUCAGUAUGGAUUUCAUUUGCGACGACGAUUGUAGUGAAAUUUCAAGUGUUACUGAAAGUGAACUAGCUAUUAGAAGUUCAGAUUUAUUUAUUGAGUUAGGAGAAAUUUUUGAUUUUUUUAAUAAUGACGGACAUCGAAGACAACGAGAUCGAGGAAAUCAGGGAGGAAAUCAAGGAACCACCAGUGAAGAAAACCAAAGGCAAGAAGAGUGUGGGUGGAAACAAUGAAUAUUCGUUUAUUACUCCCGAAGCUUCAACAUCUGGUACGUCAACAAAUCAAAGAUCGAAAUAUCCAGUUCAAAGUGAAAAUUCAAGUAAUUAUGCAAACUCUGAGCAAAGUGUUGAAGAGUCUGAUACUUACAAAAGAAGAUACCGAGAGUACGUCAUGGGAAUGUUUCGAAAAACUCUUAAGAGACAAAGGAUGGUUUCGGACAUUAUUGAAACAAACCUUGUUGGAGGAGGAGAAGCAAGCCUUGGUCGAUUGUCUGAGCAGCGAUACGGAGGAGCAAUCUUCAUCGUCGCAAAGCAUUCUGGGUCAAAAUACGGCAGCCCCUACCACAUCGUCCAUGAUUGCACCUAUUAUAACUCCUACUAUUCCUGCGCUCGAAUGUCCAUCUUCCAUAAACGACGAAAAUCCGCUCGAAAUGUUGUUUGGACAAGUAGCCUUACCGGCGCUUGGCUCUUCCAUACAACAGAGUAUUUCGCUACGUCUCCAAGAAAAAUUAUUUACUGCGAAAUCAGAGGGCGAGACUGGACACGAGGUCAUAAAAUGAGAGGUAUACCCGUUCCAAGAGGUCUCAGCAAUCGACAAGAGCCAAUGGUGGAAGCAUGCUUCAAAGAGGCUCACUUUUUUAACUUCGUCACCUGUGGAUCCUAUCAAAAUUCAUGUGGACAAAAUAGCGAACUUGGUAACGAAAAAUUUCCAGAAGCUGCCCAACACCACAAAAUAAGUAAAAGGGACCAACCUCUCAAAUUUCUCAAGGAACACCCAACUGCACCAAUAUCCGCCAUUUUAACCCAUUACAGCCCCGUGGCAACUUAA